CCAGCCCCAGCGGGAUGCCCUGCAGCACGUACAGCGCCAGCAGCAGCAGCACGCUGCCCAGCUCCGCGCGGCAGCCCCGCGGGCCUCGAGUCGUCGGCGUCUCCGGCGGGAGCAGCGCCUCGGCCUCGGCGCCCGCGGGGCCGUCCCCGCACACCGCCAACGAGGGCGGCACUUCGCUCCUCACGUCCAGGCAGUGCUGGUGGCUGCCGGGACGGCGCUGCCGGCCGCCAUCCUUGGCCGCGAUGGCGGGAGACAUGGCCCCGGGCGGGCGGGACGGGCGGCUCCACACGGAGAGACACACGGCGAUGAGGAACCGCGCCGGCACCACCGCGCCGGUACGGCACGGCACUUCCGGUCACGUGGAGGCGGCGGGGCAGGCGUGGCUGCGUCCCAUUGGUGCGCGGCAACGUCCGUGUCGAUGCGGAAGUGCCGGCACCGUGCGGGGCCGUUGGUCGCGGUUGGUUCCGGCCUCACCGCGCGGGGACCGAGCGGCAGCGCUCAUACAGACGUACGGCGGUACCCGGCAGCGCUGCUUUAUUACUGCUUUAUUUAUCGCUGCUGAGCCGCCCCGCUCUGACCCGCUGUUGGCUACAAGCAGCGAGUACCGCCAGUGUUCGCCCUUUAUCUCCCACCCGAACGUCCAGGCGGGGCAGGUUCCGCCCCGUGGUGCAGCACAAAGCACGAUGCUGUUUGUGUGUGAGCCCCGAGCCGUGCUGUCCGUACGCCGCCAUCAGCUGUGGGCGCUCGGUACAAACACACGCUGCGCCGCGACCCGCAGCGGAACCGAGGGGCGGAUGGGUCGGAACGUGCCUCGCACCCAGCCCUGCCCUGAGCCGGCUGCACACAGCGCUGCGGGGCACGAGCACCACAAGGACGGGACACGGCCCAGACACAGCCCGGCCAUAGCACGGACACGGCCAAUCGCACACACACAUCCCGGCCGUCUCCCCGCCCCGUCCCCCCGCUCCUCCUCUUCCUGCCGUCGCUGCUCCCCGGCUGGCGGUGCUGGGCCGGCUCCUCCCCUGGCAGUCGCACACUGGCGGCCUUGGCUCGGCUCGGCCUUGUCUCUUUCCCGGCUCCCCGCUGCCGUCCUCAUGGCGCUGUGCAACGGAGACGCCAAGCCAGAGAACGCGGGAGGAGAGCUGAAGGAUGGGCAGCACCACUACGAGGGAGCUGUCGUCAUCCUGGAUGCUGGUGCACAGUACGGGAAGGUCAUCGACCGCCGUGUGCGUGAGCUCUUCGUCCAGUCUGAGAUCUUCCCCCUGGAGACGCCCGCCUUCGCCAUCAGGGAGCAGGGCUUUCGAGCUAUCAUCAUAUCUGGAGGACCAAAUUCUGUGUAUGCUGAAGAUGCGCCAUGGUUCGACCCAGCAAUAUUUACAAUAGGAAAGCCGGUUCUUGGGAUCUGCUACGGCAUGCAGAUGAUGAAUAAGGUGUUUGGAGGUACGGUACACAAGAAGAGUGUCAGAGAAGAUGGAGUGUUCAACAUCACUCUGGAUAACACGUGUUCACUGUUCAGGGGCCUUCAGAAGGAAGAACUUGUGCUCCUCACUCAUGGGGACAGUGUGGAUAAGGUUGCUGAUGGAUUCAAGGUGGUUGCACAGUCUGGGAACAUUAUAGCAGGUAUAGCAAAUGAAUCUAAAAAGCUGUAUGGAGCACAGUUCCACCCUGAAGUUAGCCUUACAGUGAAUGGAAAAAUGAUCCUGAAGAAUUUUCUCUACGAUAUCGCGGGAUGCAGCGGUACCUUUACGGUGGAAAACAGAGAGCUUCAAUGCAUUCAAAAUAUCAAAGAGAAAGUGGGCUCAUCCAAAGUUCUGGUUUUACUCAGUGGUGGUGUGGACUCAACUGUGUGCACUGCUCUCCUGAACCGUGCUUUAAACCGGGACCAGGUGAUAGCUGUACAUAUAGACAAUGGAUUUAUGCGCAAAAGAGAAAGUCAGUCUGUGGAGGAGGCACUGAAAAAACUUGGGAUUCAGGUUAAAGUGGUGAAUGCAGCUCAUUCCUUCUAUAAUGGUACAACAACUCUGCCGAUCUCUGAUGAAGAUAGAACUCCACGUAAAAGAAUUAGCAAGACCUUAAAUAUGACUACAAGUCCUGAAGAAAAAAGGAAGAUUAUUGGUGACACAUUUGUUAAGAUUGCCAAUGAAGUUAUCGGAGAAAUGAAUCUGAAACCUGAAGAGGUUUUUCUUGCUCAGGGUACCCUCAGACCUGAUCUCAUUGAAAGCGCUUCCCUUGUUGCGAGUGGCAAAGCUGAAGUAAUCAAAACUCAUCAUAAUGACACAGAGCUGAUUCGAAAGUUAAGAGAAGAGGGUAAAGUUAUAGAACCACUAAAAGACUUUCACAAAGAUGAAGUUCGAGUGCUAGGAAGAGAGCUUGGACUUCCCGAAGAGCUGGUUUCAAGGCAUCCCUUCCCAGGUCCAGGUCUGGCCAUCAGAGUGAUAUGUGCUGAGGAGCCUUAUGUGUGCAAAGAUUUUCCUGAAACAAACAACAUCUUGAAAAUAGUUGCAGAUUUUUCUGCAAGUGUUAAGAAGCCACAUACUUUGUUGCAAAGGGUCAAAGCGUGCACGACUGAAGAGGACCAGGAGAAGCUGAUGCAGAUUACAAGCCUACAUUCACUGAAUGCCUUCUUGUUACCCAUCAAAACGGUGGGAGUGCAGGGUGACUGCCGCUCAUACAGCUACGUGUGUGGGAUCUCCAGUAAGGAUGCUCCACACUGGGAGUCCCUCAUGUUUCUCGCCAGGCUCAUACCACGUAUGUGCCACAACAUCAACAGGGUUGUGUAUGUGUUUGGUCCACCAGUCAAAGAGCCUCCCACUGAUGUCACACCCACGUUCCUGACAACAGGAGUCCUCAGCACUUUACGUCAAGCUGAUUUUGAGGCUCACAACAUUCUCAGGGAGUCUGGUUAUGCCGGAAAAAUUAGCCAGAUGCCAAUAAUCCUGACCCCGCUGCAUUUUGAUCGGGACCCGCUGCAGAAACAGCCGUCCUGCCAGAGGUCUGUGGUUAUCCGAACGUUUAUUACUAGUGACUUCAUGACUGGGAUUGCAGCAACUCCUGGUAAUGAGAUUCCAGAAGAGGUUGUAUUGAAAAUGGUGGCAGAGAUAAAGAAGAUUCCUGGCAUUUCUCGGGUGAUGUAUGACUUGACUUCAAAGCCCCCAGGAACUACGGAGUGGGAGUAAAUAACUCUUUUUUUAUUAAAGUACUGCGUGCAGUCUAAGUCAUAUCAGAAACCAUUCCCAGUGUUGACAUGCAGGACUGUGAAAGAGUGACUGGAGCUGCUACAUCCCAUCUGACUCCUCUCCUGGAGCACAGAGCGGCGGUUACAAGCAGUGCAGGGAUAACAGAGUGGGGCUGAGGAUUUGUACGGGUAAACGAUGGCGGCAGCGUUGCCUGUGUGCAGACAGAUUCCUAUUGCUUUGGCCUUUGUCUUACUGAUUCUUCCCAUUUCGUGUUUCGGUUUGUUAACUGUCAUUUCAACGUGUCUUUGGUUUUGUACACUGUGUAAAAAGAGACGGCUUAUUUACUUUACUGAAAGCAUUGUUACAGCCUAAAAAUGUAAAACGGAUUCUUUGUGACCAACUGCUUUUGAACAAAUUUAUUAUAAAUAAAUAUUUUGCCAAAUGGA